AUGGAUGAUACAGAAAAUCUUAUCGAGGAAGAGUCAAAAAAUAGUACCGUCAAUAAUGGCAAUAAAAUAUUAUCUCGGCUCUUUGCAGCACUUUCUGUGCUUUUUUGGGUAAUUCUUUUCUUCGCCGUGGUAAUUCCUCUAUUCUAUAGAUUACCUAAAGCAAAAAUGAUGGAAGACUCUGACAAAAAUGUAUUUAUCGCCGAACGUGCAUACAAGGAUCUAUAUAGUCUAUCUAAUAUUGGCACCAAAUUAGUCGGAAGCAAAGAAAAUGAGAUUGACGCCGUAGAAUUUAUUUUAAAGCAGCUGAAUCAAAUUAAGGAAGACUCAUUGAAAGAAUAUUAUGAUAUUGAAAUUGACUCAUCGCAAGCCUCUGGACAGUACUUGCGUGGAAAUUUGAUUAUGCUAUAUAAAGGCGUUCAAAACAUUGUUGUAAAAAUAAGUCCCAAAAAUAGUACGAGUGAAACUUUCCUCCUGGUCAACAGUCAUUUCGAUUCAAAGCCGUUCACAUCGUCUGCCGGUGAUGCUGGAUUCAUGAUAGUCACUAUGUUGGAAGUCCUACGAGUGAUUGCUACAUCGAAGCAACCCAUUGUUCAUCCAGUCGUGUUCUUGUUUAAUGGAGCUGAAGAAAGUGGACUUCUAGCGUCCCAUGGCUUUAUUACAACACACAAAUGGGCUCCUUACUGCAAGGCUGUCAUCAAUCUUGAUGCCGCGGGCAGCGGAGGUCGGGAUAUUCUAUUUCAGAGUGGCCCCAAUCACACGUGGCUUGUAGAUUACUACAAAAAAUACAUCAAACAUCCUUUCGCAACAACUAUGGGUGAGGGAAUUUUCCAAUCGGGAAUCAUGCCAUCGGAUACCGAUUUUCGGCAGUUCAAAACAUAUGCCAACAUCCCAGGCUUGGAUAUGGCUCAGUGCUUUAAUGGAUACGUAUAUCACACCAAAUACGAUACUAUCGAUGUGAUUCCUAUUGAGUCUCUACAGAACACUGGUGAUAAUAUUCUCAGUCUGGUCCGAGGACUAGCUAAUGCCACGGAAUUAUAUGAUACUUCAGCUUACAAAACUGGAAAUGCUGUCUUCUUCGAUUUCCUGGGUCUCUACUUCUUCCACUAUUCUGAAGCUACGGGCGAAUACUUGAACUUUGGAAUUGCAGGAACUGCUCUCGUAUUAGUUUUACUCUCUAUAUGGAGAAUGUCAGAUGUUUCACAAGUCUCUAUUUGCCACGUGAUAUUGUGGUUUAUUCUUGUGAUUAUUAUUCAAGUUGUUGCCUUCGCACUCGGAUUAGCUCUUCCAAUCGUUGUUGCUUACCUGAUGGACUCCGUCGGGCUAUCACUGACUUACUACAGUACGCCUUUAUUGGUAGUCGGAUUAUAUGUGUGCCCCUCACUUAUCGGCCUCAGUUUACCCACAACUAUUUAUUAUACUCUUCAGCGUAACAAAAAACUAUCUACACCAUACCAUCUUCAAUUGACGUUGCAUGGUCAAGCAGUAAUCCUCGCUCUUCUAACCAUAUCUCUUACAGUUUUGGGAAUUCGCUCUUCAUAUAUCUUAAUGAUUCCAUUAAUUUUUUAUGUGGCAUCACUGACUCUUAAUCUGUUAACUCCAAUGCACGACAAGGGCUACUCUUGGGUAGCACUAUUGAAAAUUAGCCAAAUUAUUCCUGCGCUUUAUAGCAGCUAUAUAGCAUAUCUGUUCAUUGUCGUUUUGACUCCAAUGGGCGCAAGAGCUGGAAGCGACUCUAACAGAGAUUUAUACAUCGCAGCAAUGUCAGCUAUGGGAACAGUUCUCUCUUUUGGUUUCUUGGUCCCACUGAUCAACAUAUUCCGUAGACCAAGCCUUGUGGUUUACGCUCUAUUAGCAACUACAGUUCUUUCUGUAUUCCUUGCCAGUAGUACUCAAUUAGGAUUUCCAUAUCGUCCAAGGACAAGUGGCCAACGAGUUGCAUACUUGCACGUGCGCAAUAAGUUCUAUGAGUAUGAUGGAUCUCUUAGUAAGGAUGAGUCCGGAUACCUAUUUUUAUAUCAGGAUCGGCGUAAGGAAACAGUUCUUGAGGGUACAAAUGUAAACUUAACAGGCUUAGUCAGCAUAAAAUCAAAUUGCGAAAAGUACAUGAUGUGUGGAAUGCCAUUGUAUGAUUCCCGCUAUGUCCAGCAGAGAUUGGAUACCAAAUGGAUGCCUCGUUCAAUUCCAGUAACACCACCAGGAUCGACCAAACUGGAAUUGCUUAGUAAAACCAUUAUUAAUUCUACAACUUGUCGCUUUGAGUACAAUUUGACAGGCCCUUCUCAAAUGAGUCUAUUCUUUGAAGCUUAUGAAGAUGUCACAAUAACAAAUUGGUCAUUCCUAGAAAGUUAUUUGAAUAACCCUCCAGCACACCCAUUAGCAUAUCACAUACUUAUUAACCAAGGGAUUGACAGCUCGCCGAUGAACUUCUUCGUGGAAACUUCAAAACAUAAUGGAGACUUCGGCGUACCUCUAUUUCAACUUGGAGUGUCAGGACAUUUUAUUGGCGAUGACCUUGAUGAGGAAUCGACAGACAUGCGAACCAAGUUCCCCGCCUUUGCUAUUCAAGCUGACUGGCCAGCAUCAUAUGAAAGAUAUAAAUUUUAA